AUGGCAGUAGUGAUUGAGGCCGCAGAGGAGGGCGGCGUGGAUCCCUUCAUCGCGUACGGCAUCGAAGCUGGUAGCGACGACGAAGACGGGAACUACGACGAUGCAGAUGAUGUUGACGGCGUCCAAGCGGGAAACGACGAUGAGUUGCGCGCAGUGGAGGUUCGCGCUGCGGAAGUGUGCGCGGCGAAGGUUCGGGCGGUGGAGGUUCGGGCGGCGGAGCUUCGGGCGGCGGAGCUUCGGGCGGCGGAGCUUCGGGCGGCGGAGAUUCGGGCGGCGGAGAUUCGAGCGGCGGAGAUUCGGGCUGCGGAGGUUCGCGCGGUGGAGGACCGCGCUGCAGCGGUUCGAGCGGCAGAUGUGCGCUCUGCAGAGGCUCGCCAGACGGAGCUGGCGCCGCACACCUCGCAGCCUAAUAACCCGACAGCACCCGUUAGGCUUGCUGGUGCGCACCAUUUCAGGGAAGCACAACAGCUGGAGGCACAAUUGCGUGACCUGCAGAACACGGUCUCCACUCUAAACGCGCAGCUGCAGGAGGCAAGGGCCAGGAUCAAGGCGGUGGAGGCUGAACGCGAUAGUCUGAAAACGCAGUUGGAGUCGAUGCAGCGACAGCUUUCAGCGGAAGUCGCUGGAACGAGCUCGGACGUGGGCGCCCUUCGGGACCCUUCUGACCCCCUGGUCCGAAUGGAGAACGUCCGUAAGGACAUUGCGGGCAACCCGACCAUUCUGUCAUCAGUCACCAGCAAUGAUGCAUUCGAUCAUGUCCGGUGCCUGAAAUUUAACCCCCUCCUCACCCUUGUGCGUCCUUGUGUUGAUUGUCUGGAAAUGGUGGGUAAAACCUUCGCCUGGCUCAUCACCCUUGCCCCUGCAGGAGAGAUGGAGUUCUAUCCUCUGUGGGAAGAAUUCCAACCGCAUUUGGUGCGCAAGUACAUAGCUGAGGGGACCACGCAAGAUGAGUACUACCUCUUCAUGGGCGGGAACAGCAAGCGCAUUGAUCGGGCGCUGAAGGUGAUUGGCUGCAAACGCGCGAACAUGAACAAGCCGAUCAAGCUCUAG